AUGUCUGUGAUUGAGAUCUCAUCGAAGGAGCAAUUCACAUCGCUCCUCAGCUCAUCCCGUCUUGUCGUCGCCGACUUCUACGCUGAUUGGUGCGGACCAUGCAAAGCUAUUGCGCCUGCGUAUAAUUCGCUGGCGACCCAGCUCUCCCGUCCGAAUCUCAUCACAUUCACCAAGAUCAAUGUCGACCACCAACAAGAGCUCGCCCAAGCCUACGGCGUCACAGCGAUGCCGACCUUCAUCGUCUUCAAGAACGGCCGCGUGAACCAAACAGUCAAGGGCGCCAACCCUGCACAGCUGAACCAGAUUGUCCAGAAGCUCGCAUCCGAGGCAAGCCAGUCGGACGACGCAGCAACCGGCGAAGGAAGUAGCUCCGGUGAGCCCUGGAUCGGCGGCACAGUGCCCAAGGGUUAUAGCGAUAUCACAGACCAGGUUGACGUAAAGGGAUUGGAGCUGUUGAACCGGGAUACGGAUACGGCAGAGCCGCGCGCUUUGUUUAACACCUCGAAGCCGUCCGGACUAGCAGCAAAGGGCAAGGCCAAGGCUGCUGAUUACCUCCUCCCUCCUGCGGAGGCCGAUGCCGAUGACGACGAAACACCCAUGCGGCCCAGGAACCUGCACCUCUACAAGAAUACUUCCCAUGUGCUUGGAUUCGAUGAGGCAGAUGGUAUCCCUCCUGUGCAGAAGGUGGAGAUCAAGCCAGGUGAUUGGGAUGCGAAGACUGGGACUGCGACGGUGCCUCUGCGGUUUGUCAAUUUCCAGAAUGUGACAUCGCUGGUUAUGUUCUUCGUUGAUGGGGAUGGAGACAGCGAGAAGCUGCGCGUUGACCGCAUUCGCGUUAUUGGCGAGGCGGGUGCAAACCGAUCUAUGGGCAAGCUGGAGAAGAUUGGUGACGAGCCUGGCGAGUAA